CUGUUCGCCAUCGUUUUCACUUUAAAUUGGUAAACCUGCAUCUCCUCUCGUCUCUGUACUUUCCUAGCGUUGCUUCGUUUACUCACGAUCCUUGCGCGCUUAGCGAAGCUUGAGGAAAAGAGAGCUUCACAACAAUGGCUGAAGUUGCUGAUAUGGUUGAGGGAGGUACCGGCUCGGCUGGAGCCCCCAUGGACAUCAACAAGGCUGUCCAGAAGGUCCUGAUGACCGCUUUGAUCCACGAUGGAUUAUCCAGGGGCAUCCACGAGUCUGCCAAGGCUUUGGACAAGCGCCAGGCUCUUCUCUGCGUGCUUGCCGAAAACUGCGACGAGCCCAUGUACAAGAAAUUGGUUCAGGGCUUGUGCAACGAGCACCAGAUCCCCCUCAUCAAGGUGGACGACAACAAAAAGCUUGGCGAGUGGGCCGGACUUUGCAAGAUCGACAGCACUGGAAAGGCUCGCAAGGUUGUCGGGUGCUCUUGCGUAGUUGUCAGGGAUUGGGGUGAGGAGACUCCAGAGUGCGACUACGUCAAGGAGUACUUGAAGCAGUGAAUGUAUCGUGACUGCAUUUCCAUUAAAGACGAGUUAAAGAAGUCGUUUUUAUAAAACUUCAACAA